UAAAUAUGUGUGCCUAAUUUAUACAAUUAAAUGAAGACAUGAGGAGAGAAGUCACCUAGCAGUAACAUUCAGAGUCAUUAUAAACAGAUUAGUUUUCCAAUAACAUAAAACAUCGAAAAUAUCUGAAAAGGUAUUAUACUGAUGCACGACGUGUACACGGACUUAAUUCAAAUUAUGAUAGCGAAAACACGUGAAAUACAAUUUUAUUAUCCGCAGAAGUGUGACAUAUUAUUUUAAGACGCAACGUCGCCCAAAUAUACAUUCGAUUUAGCUUUCAAACACUUAUAAUAUGUUAGUACCAGCUUUACGGUUGUAAAUAAUUAUUGGUGAUACAGCUCACGCCUCGAGGCGGUCAUCGCGUUGUUGGUUUUUUUUCGAAUCCACGACAAAAAAGAUUACUAGCUUUUUGAAAUUUAAAUAGUAUUCACAUAUAAAAGGUAUAACAUAAUAUUAUAUUUUCUAUUAUGAAUAACAGAAUGAAGUACAGAGGGGAGGACAUAUGUAUAUCGUGUAUGACAAUAAUAAUAUGUGAUAGGCACCUCCAGGUAUAGGCAUUGCCGAAAAACCUACGUACAAGUAUGUUAAAUUGUUAAAUAUAUUUUAGCUGCGUUUGCGUGAGCCCGUCGGAAUCCAUAGGAUCAAAAGACGCAUAUAGGCACGUCGUAACAAAACUGUACGUCAUAUAAAUAAGAUAUUUAGGAUACAUUCGGACGCACAUACCUGUAUAAUAUUACGAUAUUUAUACGGAGGUAAUUUUCACCGGUCGCCUUAAUACAACGGAAUACGGUUAGUGCUAGGUAUCAUAUUUUUUCAAUAUACUGUAAUCAUUCGAAAUAGACAAAUAAUAAGAUAUUAUUUAUUCGAAUUGGACAAGACGUCAGGGCAAUUACAAUAAAAAAUAAUAACAAUAUAAUCAUCAUAUUGUUCGAAUGUGUGCGUAUCACAAACGAACGGGAGAAAGAGAAACGGCAAUAUUAUUAUGAAACGAGUUGGCGUUAGACGGGGCAUCCUUAUCACGCUCGGCUAUUGUGUCAUUAUCCCUACACGCGCAGCCAAGUGAGUUUCGUACGAUUUCCUUAAUCAGUUCUCGCCGAGCAAUUAAACGGUGUCAUUCACUGGCUAGACCGAACGUAUUUCACGAACCUUCCAGUCUUAUCUGCCGACGGAUUGGUGACACUCCUCCGACCAAGCGGUGCAGCUCUGUCGUCGCGUGCUAAACGACACUGAACCUAGAGAACAACGCGAUAUCCACUAUAGUGACUUAUAUUAUACUACCAUAGUUUUGAACCGAGUUUAAGACCAACAGACGGUUUUGUUUUCUCAGUUUUUCGUUUUCGUCCCACCUGGUCCGGUUUACCGCGUGCAUGCGAACGAUGAUAUAUUUUGUACUCGGGUCCCCGUGCACCGCCGCCGUCCAUCGUCGUGUAAACGUGCGCCGGCAAACGUCUUCUGCGCUGUAUCGUCUCGCCGCCGCCCGGAUGCAUUGACCGCCCCUUGCCGCAGACACCACGUCGGCCGAACUCUUCGUUUUCCGGACCGCAUCGGAAUUUUCGACAAUGGAGGUUGGUUUUACAGUGAAGAUAGGAUUGGCGAUGAUACUGUUUUGUAUGGUGAAGACAACAAACCCAGAAAUACUCGAUAAUCUGGUUACUGCUAAAGCAAUAUGUCCCAAACAAUGUGCUGUUUGUUCUUCUAUCGAAAUGCUCUGCUCUGGUGCCAACAUCACCGAUGUCCUAAACUAUGAUAUGGAUCCUCAAUUAAUAAAUUUAGACUUUUCAAACAUGACACUGAACUUUAUUCCACUUGAAGUAUCAUAUAUGACUAAUUGCAAAAGGCUCAAUCUAUCCAUGAAUAACAUCCAGAAUAUCGAGAAAGCUGCUCUGGAAAACUUAUGGAAUCUUGAAGAUCUGAUAUUGAGCAGUAACUCCAUUAUGGACAUCGCUGAUAUAAAUCCAACAGAAUUGUUUAACAAUAACAAGAAUAUAAAGUUUCUAAAUUUAUCGAACAAUCCUCUCGUUGAUCUUGGCCGAGACAAUAACACUAUAUUGAUCAGUGAAUCACUAGAAGUGUUAGACGUUAGUCAAUGUCAAAUCGUCUCAUUGAUUGGUCCAAUUGUACUCAGUGGACUCAAAAAGCUGAAAUACCUAAACUUGUCGAAUAACCCAUUAAAACGAUUGGAUGGACUGUUGUCGGACUCAAUAACCACGUUGAACAUACGUGGCUGUGUUCUCGUCUAUCUCAGCGAUGAUGCUCUGAGUGGAUUUACACAUCUCGAACUAUUGGACGUCAGCCUAAACGAUCAGCUGUUUAUUGACAAUACUAUACAAUCCACGUCACUCGUUACGCUUGACAUUUCGCAGUGUUCAGUGCGCAUACCAAAUUUGUAUGGUAUGCCAGAUCUCAGAACUGUAUUUAUUAACAGCAACCGAAUUAAAAGACUUGCAGCCUAUCAAUUUGCUAAUAACACAAAAAUGAUCAAUCUGGAUCUAUCUAAAAACCACGUUGAAACUGUGGACCCGUUAGCAUUUUACGGCAUGUCAUCGCUACUGUUUUUGGACUUGUCUAUAAAUUUCAUCAUAGAAAUCUCAUGGGAAUCUGUCAUGGCUACACUACCAUCACUGGAAUCGCUGAACCUUUCGUUCAACUUCAUCUCUCAAAUUGGACGGCUGAAAUCGAACACUCUCCGCCGACUGAACCUCGAUCACUGUUGGAUCCAUUCGAUUCCGAACGGGGCAUUCGUUCAACUAGAGAGAUUUGGGGAGCUCAUCUUAUCCAACAACCCGUUGCAAAUGUUACUACCGGGUAGUUUCAACUCAUCGCACAUGUGGUUUUUGGAUCUCAGCUAUUGUCGGAUAUCGCACCUGAUAUCGUACGAGUUUGUCAACUCGCCCAAUCUCACUGAAAUAAGAUUAACCGGGAACCGUUUAGUGACGUUGAAAAACGGCACGUUCAAUAAAUGCACUAAGCUGAAGUACGUCUAUUUGGACGACAACCCGUGGAUGUGUGACUGUUACAGUGUGGAUUUCGCGUACAUGGCCGUACUCGCCAAUAGAACUACCAAGCAUUCUCCAGUUGAAAGGGCGCCCAGCUGUCUGAGCCCGGACAACGUUACCGGAAUGCUGUGGCACGUGGCGUGCGUCAACAGCCCCGCGUAUGCCCGGGACAACCGGAAGAACUUCUCGAUGGCCAUCGGCGUCAUACUCAUACUCUGCGUGUCCGGGCUGAUGGCCAUAUUCGUGGCCGUCCACGAGAACAUGAAAACCCGACAGAUGAUGCGCAGGCGGCGGCAGCUGGACGAGUACGGCAACCCAGACCGGUCGGGAGGGGGCCUGGGGACGGCGGGCCCCGACGAAUACUUUGACGAGUACGCAGCUGCGGCCGAAUCGGCGCGCAAGAUGUCGCAGUUACCGUCGUACGACGAGGCGGUCAUGUUGCCCAAGCCACCUCCCGAACCGCGCCGGAGCAAGCGGCACAGCUGUACGCAGACGGACGAGGCUGACGUGGCGGAUGUGGCGACCGCCGCCGCCGCGUCACCGGCUGCGGGUGGCGGCUACGGUGGCGUCUACUGGCUACUGCCGCCGCCACCUGGGUUGCACGUCACCGAGCUUUGACCCAUCGUGGUCAAUAUUUCCCCAUCCCCAUGCCCCAACAAAAAAACUUCCCAAAACAUCUACCUCCCCGUCACCCCCUCUCCCACCACUCGUACAUACAAUAUCGAGACUACCGUCGCGUUUUGUACAUUUCCACAUUAAAAACUAUCGUACAUCAUUCAAAUUAUAUAA